AUGGACUCUAUGAAGCCUACUUUUGAUAAAUAUAAUUCCAAAUGGAAGAGCGGCGAUUUGUCUUGUGUUAGUGUGUUCAACAGGUUUAUUGUCAUUGCCUCCAAUUGUGAAUUUAGCCGCAAAAUCCUUAAUUCACCUAAUUUUGUUCAACCUGCUGUGGUUGAUUCGAUGCGCUAUAUUCUUUGCGAUGACAAUUGGGUCUUCAUGGACGGUAAAGAACACAUCAAUUAUCGUCGUGGGCUUAAUGUUCUCUUCCAAAGAAAGGCACUCGGUAUCUACCUCCCUAUUAUGGACAGAACAUAUCAAAAGCAUUUCGAUGAAUGGCUUUCUCAUGAUGGAAGUGUUCGUAAAUACCAAUGGGACUUUAGAGAACUCAACAUGAUCUCUUCGCUCCGAGUCUUUUUAGGUGAUUUUAUGCCCGAACACGUUGCCAAGAAAUGCUCUGAAGAAUAUUUUAACAUUACAGCUGCCCUUGAGCUUGUUAACUUUCCUAUUCCUUUGCCUGGCACUAAAGUAUACAAAGCCAUCAAGUCUCGAGAAUAUAUCUAUAAUGCUUUUAUUGAGUCUGUUAAAGAUGCCCGUAUUCGUAUCAACGACCAUGGACCUGUUACUUGCAUGUUGGACAACUGGCUUGUCGCUAUGAGAGAAACAGAAGAAGAAUGUCAGCGUGAAGGAAAACCAGCACCUCAUGAAUUCACUGAUCGAGAAAUUGCUUUGACCUUAAUGACCUUCCUCUUUGCUUCUCAAGAUGCUACUUCUUCUGCACUCACCUGGACAUUCCAACUAUUAGCAGACCAUCCUGAAACCUUGAAGAAAGUCUAUGAUGAACAAGACCGCCUUCGUGCUGAUGAUCCUGACCAACCCAUCACACUUGAACUUAUGGAAAAAUCAACCUAUCUUAGACAAGUUGUGAAGGAAUCACUUCGUCUUCGACCUCCUGUCUUGAUGGUGCCAUAUCAAACACAUACUGAUUUUCCUAUCUCUGAAAACUACACAGUCCCUGCUAACUCAAUGAUCAUUCCAACCACAUAUCCUGCACUUCAUGAUCCUGUUGCUUAUCCUGAUCCUGAAGGAUUCAAUCCUGAUCGAUGGGGCCCUGAAGGCUUUGCUGAGAAACAUCCCAAGAACUUCAUGGUAUUUGGUAAUGGUCCUCAUCACUGCAUUGGUAAAGAAUACGCUGUUCUUCAUUUGAUGUCUACAGUAGCUCAAGCUACUCAACGAUUUGAAUUCAAGCAUUACCGGACUCCUGAUUCUGAUCAUAUUUGGCUUUUUGCUACCACUUUUCCUAAAGAUGAAUGCGUUAUGAGCUUUCAUCCUCGAACCCAAAAACCCUUCCGUAUUUAA